CAGGAGUCAGCCACCAAGAAGAUGGACCGCCAACAAGCAGAAGCUUUGGCGUCCAUAGAGCUGAAAAAGAACGAGACGAAGAAGAUUCAGGAAGCGGAAAUUGCCGAGAAAGUUAUGCUUGGCUACUAUUACUUUCAUACUUGUAAAUAUAUAUCUGGGAUUUAUUUGUCUCUGGCUACUUGCAAAAAUGUAUGACUAUUUAGUGCCAUAGAUGUAGGUAAACGUAAAAAAUGCAAGAAAUGUGAGUGUAAGCAAGUAGUCCCCGACGUCCUCCCUUUUUUAUCUUACUUAGGUGUGAGCUAGCACCUACGAGACCUCAGUAACAUCCCUAUCCAAGGCGCUCGCGAGCACCCCCCUCCUUGGCAUUGUGAUCCUACCGGGGGACCUCGUAGGCUGCAACAAGACUAACUUAGGAUUAAAACUGGAUCCAUAUUUUUAUUUCAUCUUUGAUGUUUUUUGACUCUUCUUUUUUCAUGCAUUGGCUUGGUUUUUUCUUUCUCGUCUUCCUUUACUUGCUGUACCUUUGUUUUCCUGAUUCCUUGUCUUUUUGUUUGCUUAAAAACGCCAAACCGAGACACAAACCUUUGGAUCACACAAUCACAAAAAUGGUUUCCUAAAUGUGCUAAGAUCAACACUCGGUUACAUGCUGUUGGUUCAAAGUAAUUAUAGAGGAUCCAUCCGCCGAAACUGCCGCAGAUCUAACCUCAAUUAGCUCCUCCACGUGACGCUGCUCAACCUGUACAUCCACAUCAAGAAUAGGGUUAGUAAUGAUGCACGUAAUUAUUAUCUUACUUAUUCCACCUGGUUUUCUCCUUCUGGUCCUUUUUCUUUACUUUUUCUAACUCCCCCAAGGUGAUAAACGGCCAAGUACAAGCACAGGUCAGCAUCGCACUGCAGAAAGAAAAGAUAGCCAACGAGACACAGGCUAUGAAGAGGGAAGAGGAAGAUGCGAAAGUGCAAUUGAAGACUUAUGAUAACGGUUGUCGUUUGAUACUUACUUACUUUCUGCAUAGGCAUAGUCAGUGGAGAUUAUAGAUGAUCUUGAUGCCUGAUCGUGCCCCACUUCAGGUUCCCAAGAAGUGUCAUGCGCGUGAUUGUGAUACCAGAUCAUAAAUAGAAGUGCUUGAAGUAAUUACUACGCAGUUUCAGUUUCUUGAGAAGAUGAAGAUGAGGACGCAAGAGCUAGCUUCUUCUACAUUUAGUUUUAGAAUGACAACAAGCUAGCUUCUUCUCCUGCCAAAAAAAACAAAAUACCCUUCAUUCCACGCAAGAAGAGGAGGCGAAAAACGAUCUGAAAAGGGCUGAAGAAACGCACAAGGGCGAGCACAAUGCCGCUUUGGAAGCCAGCGCGAAUACUACAGUUAAGAACAUGAGUUGUGCUUGAUGAAGUCGAGUUUUGAUAGAGUGUCUACUUCAUUAGAGAUUUGCUCCUGAGGUAAAAGUCAUUCACAAGUGAACAUAUAGGAGAGCAGCUUAUAGCACGCAUGGUGCAUGGAGUAGCAUGGAGUACAUUUGGCGCGCAGAUCUCUAAGGGACGCAAGAAGCGCGCCCUUUAGCUCCGGGCAGCUCCAUGAUCUCCGUGGCAUGCGAGCUGGCACGCAAACCUUAUAAAUUAGAGACUUCCUCCUGAAAUAUAAGUCAUUCAUCAACGAGAACAAGUAAACAUAUACGUAGUUAAGUAUCCUCUUCUUCCUCCUCUAACAUCUCAGUAGACCUCGACGCUAGAAUCGCAAAGUACAAGGCCAUCGAAGCGGAGUGGCACGGAAAAGCCGCUGUCGCUGGAUCCAAAGCUGUUGCUGCGAAGAGAGACGAGGAGGACCAAAAGAUAAUGCUGCAGAAAGCCAAUGAAGAAAUUUUACGGCUUCAUCGUUGCCCUAAUGCUCCAUCGAAAUUGAGUUUGAGACUGAAGAUGGUGCAUCAUUUUCAUUAUACUUAUAUGAUGAGAAGACCUCCAGGGCUGUUGGACGACACGCGGCGCCUAGAAUAGACGGAUCCUACUUAGCUUGGCCAUUACUAAUAUAAUUCUGUACUUAUAUACCCUUUACCUAACCUUACUUUUUUCCUAGUUAGCUUGGCUCCACCCGUAUUAUACUUACAUGAUUGAUUAUCAGAAAAAUACAUGAAUUAUAUCAAGGUCGUGGUCGGAAGAUCAUGAAUCAGGUGAGGAAAAAUUGGUGAGGAAAACAGCGUUGGAUGACAUGGAUUGGGAUUGCCACGCCUUUGCCUUCUACACCACGAUCCGCCACGAUUUGGCAUGUCUAAAAUCAAAAGACCAAAUCAACGCGGAGAGUGGCUUGAAAACAGCGAUUCGUGGCCAAGAUUAUGACUUGGAUGUUGAGAAGUGUAGAAGUGUUGCUUUUCCUUUUAAUUACUCGAGAGAAUGUGUCCUUGCCUUUCUUUGUACUUACGCAAAGAUCUCAAUCUCUUUCAGAGAAGACUGACUUCUACAGCCGGCUCUCUUACAAAAUCAAGGUGUUGCUCGAAAAAAUGAAAAGAAGUUGACUCCCUUAAUAUUGAUUCACGGUGUUGUUAAAUAAAGGUGUUGCUAUUCACGGUUGCAGGUGUUGCUGAAAGGGUCUGCAUUUGAUUCAUCAUCAUCCUCAAAGCUGGAAAAGCAGUAGCAUUUGUUCUUCUCCUCCUGUGCCUCCACCAUCUCCCUGUAGUCAGUCCCCUUUUUUUCUCUAAGAACAAGAAGCUAAGAAGCAACAAGAUAAGCAAGUGACGGAAGCAACGCGAAAUUUGGAGUGGAUGAUGAGGAAUGAGAGCCAGCAACUUGCGACUGCACAACAAGUAGCUGCUGCAAAGAUGAGACAAGAACAAGUACUAGACUAGUUGUACUAGAAGUAGACUUCUAUGAUAGAGGUUCUAUCUUUUGUCUGAACUUUUUACUUCUAUGAUCUUAUCACUCACUCUACAGGAACUCGAGACAGCAGAGAAGAUGAAUACAACUUCCGCAGAGAUGAGUCAAAAGCAAGAGGACAAGGGCUCCCUCGAGGUACGCGCAAAGGAGGCAGAGCAAAAUGUGAAGACGGUACUCCUGCUCUGUACAUCUUCUUUAGAAUGCUCAUGAUGCAUGUUCUUCAGAAUGUUUGAAAAUCUUUAGAAGUUGUAGAAAUGUAGUUGGUCUUAGUAUCGCUAUGCUCUCUGUUGAGCAUGGUGCUUCUCUAGCUCCUCUCAUCUCCUCGAGCUCCGCUCAUCUCCUGUAGCUCCGCUCAUCUCCUCAUCUUGUAGAAGUCCAGUAUUGAUGAGUUCUCAGUCUUUUCUCCACCUCCGGACCCAUCCAAAACUUUCCCAGGCUUCUUCCGAGUCUAGUGUGAAUGCAGCCAAGGCUAUUCAUGAGGAGAUCAUCAAAAAGCAGCAAGAGGAGCAAGCAACCAAAGAGACCGCUCAGCAGUUGCAGUCCAGCCAAACAGCACAGUCUCAACAGAGCGCCGAACAGUAUGCCCAGUUGCUGGCAGAAAGUCAGGCGAAGAUGGGUACUACUUAGACUAAACUAGAUAAAAAUAGAAUAUUAUAGAUAGUAGUUUUUUAUUUGGCCAGCAUUAUAUGAAUUUUUAGAGAUAGUCUAGCUCUAGGCAAAUUAUUGCUAGUGACCACCAGUAUCUUUUGGCAAGAACUUGUUGUCCUCCAGGUAACGGCAAUGUGAACCUCACGAAUGCUUCCGCCUCUCAAAUCGCUCUUGCGGAGCUGACCCAUCGCUUGCUGCGCCAGCCAUCGUCUACCUUUGUGCCUCAAUCUGCCUCGAUUUCUACGGCCGUUGGUCCGUCAAAUGUCUCCCAAAUGAUGGGAGUCGGACAAAGUAAUAAUAUUAUGGCUGGAGGUGGUGGUUGUUGUUUUUAUUUUUUACCUAUUUUCAUGUUCAUGUUCAUGAACAACUAUUUAGAUGUUGAUUGAGGGUCGUUAGUGCAUGCUCUUCCAUCGAUUUUCUCUUUCUGGCCCCUCCUGCGGACAGAAAAAAAAGUCUACGAAACAACAACAAGAUGGUAAACCUAUCAAUAAACGUCCUCUAUGUUGUUAUAUCACCGGUUUUGCUUUUGAAGUUGACUUUGAGACAAACCUUAAUUUGUUCGUGAUGCAUUUCCUCACUCAAGAAAUAGACGUAGGAAAGUUCUGCUCUAACUCUCCCAUGCUCACCGGCGCGCAACCGGCUAAUCAAACGCAGCAAAUGAGUGUCGGCGCAGGCAUGCGGAACAUCACUGCACAAAUGCAUUUGCCUACUUUAAGGGUCGUUCAUCACUAUCCUAUGUGGACUAUGCUGAGUGGAGUCCUCCUUGAUUUAAAGAUGAGAGAUGCGAGUGAGCUAGUUGUGGUCUCUCUUGGUCAACAUGCUGAACAAGGUCAAGAUUAGGGGUUUUGGCAACUACAACUAAUAAUACAUACAUACAUAAAGGGGAAGCUAGGGGGCAAAGAGGGCAACCCACUCGACUCGGGAUAGUGGGAAACUGCCUUUAACUACUGUUUUGCCUAUUGA